UAAAGUCCUUCCCUCCCUAACUCCUCAAGUUAAAAUCCAUUCUCUUCUCACUCUCUCUAACACACACGAACAGUUUAUUUUAGAGAAUCAAACGAUCUUCUAAGCGCACUUUAGUAGAAUUUAUGGAUAACCAAAGCAAUGCUCUUCUUGGCUGGCCUUACUACUCUCACGGAAAGAUCACAACAGAAGAAAUAAGACAGUCUCUACUAUACACAACACUAGAGCUGGACCAAACAAAGAUGUUUGCUUAUGAUGAAAUAAGGAAGAGAGAUGAGCAAUUGAUCCAUCUCAAAGACAUCUUAACCAAAACCAUCAAAGAAAGAGACGAAGCUCUCGAGAAUUGUCAGCGUCUCAUGUUCGACAGCCACUCACUUCAACAACAGAAACACAUAACUCCUCCUUCAUCUGGAGCUUCAAGCAUUGAAGACGAGCAAGUUCAGCUUCAACAAUUAGGAUCCAACAAGAGCUUCUCAUCCUCGGAUUGUGAGGAAAGCAUUAUGUCACCCACUGAUCAUGUCAUGAACCCACCACCAUCUCAGCUUGAAGAAGUUUCAAGAACUGAGAUUAUUAUGGACCCCUUGUUAGCAGACAAGCCAUUGCCUGAAAAGGGUAAGCUCUUACAAGCUGUUAUAAAGGCAGGGCCAUUACUUCAGACACUCCUCUUAGCCGGUCCAUUGCCUCAAUGGCGCCACCCACCACCGCCUCUUAAGACCUUCGAGAUCCCUCCAGUUACAGUCCAAUGCCCAAUUGUCAACAAUGGUUGUGGCAAAUUCAACAGGAAAAGAGUUUUCUCAGAUGGAUCCUAUUCAGAAGCUAAGUAUCAGAAAGUUCUUCUCCACUAACCGGGAACUCAAAACAAAUUCUGGAUACUGAUCUUUAUUCUUACUCAAGUAGUACUAAUAGUCAUCUAAUAUACCAUUACAUAGGUCAAUUUCCAGGAUUAAUCUCACUUCUAGGGUUCAAGUGAAAGUGAUCUUUUGUACAUUAGGGCUUUUUGUUAUGCUCCAUUGUGGGAGACAGAGUCUGAUCCAUUUAGGGUUUAGAUUUAGAGUGAUGAGAAAGUAAGAAAAAAAAAACUCCCCUGGUUUAACUCUAACUAAAUGAGAGUGAAUGCUAUGUGAGAGAGUUUGCUAUUUUACUUCUUUCUCCUGUUAUGCUUUUUGUUUUUUUUUUUUUGGUUGGGGUUUUGUAUCUCAAACCCAAAACCCCAAUUUCACAUUCAUGUUUUGGCUCCAUGAUUGUGAAACUAGAUAAGGGGUUUCUUUUGUAUUCUAUAUUUUUUCCCUCUACGAUCAGUUGGGGAUAUUAUGUUAAAUCUAAAUGUAUUAUGUGAUUCUCUAUGUGAUGUUAUGUUCCUGUC